UUCAAUCUAGCUUAUUCAUCUCUUAAUUAAACAUGUCUUUUUUGACAAUGUCUAUGGUUUUUUUGGUCAUCACCACUACUUUCCUCCACACUGCAACGGCCAACUAUGGCGGUUGGCAAAGCGCCCACGCCACCUUUUAUGGCGGUGCUGAUGCUUCCGGGACUAUGGGUGGAGCAUGUGGUUACGGAAAUUUGUAUAGCCAAGGUUAUGGUACCAACACCGCGGCACUAAGUACUGCACUUUUCAACAAUGGGCUGAGUUGCGGUGGUUGUUACGAGAUGAAGUGUGUCAAUGAUCCGCAAUGGUGCCUCCCUGGAAGCGUCAUCAUCACCGCCACAAAUUUCUGUCCACCCAACUUUGAUCUGCCUAGCAACAAUGGUGGGUGGUGCAAUCCACCACUCCAACAUUUUGACAUGGCUCAACCUGCUUUCUUGCACAUUGCCAAGUACAAAGCUGGGAUCGUUCCUGUUUCUUUCAGAAGGGUUCCAUGUAUAAAAAGAGGAGGAAUAAGGUUCACGAUGCACGGUCACUCGUACUUCAACUUGGUUUUGAUCAGCAACGUCGGGGGUGCAGGGGAUGUGCACGCAGUAUCAAUCAAAGGUUCCAAAACAGGAUGGCAGGCCAUGUCAAGAAAUUGGGGUCAAAAUUGGCAAAGCAAUUCAUAUCUUAACGGCCAGAGUCUCUCUUUUAGAGUCACGACUAGUGAUGGAAGGACGACGACAAGCUUAAACGCAGUGCGUGCUGGUUGGCAGUUUGGCCAGACUUACCAAGGUCGCCAAUUUUGAUUUAUACAUAAGUGAAAUGAGCUCACAUGUGAGCUUUGCUUUGAAGAUAUAAAUUAUUAAGUUAUACUUUCUUUAUAAACAUGACAUAUAUUCAUAGCGACAUCUGUAUUAGAUUUAGAUGUGAAUGAAUAUAUGAUAUGUUUUCGAAAGAAUUUAGAGUAAAGAUGUGGACAUUACGUGCCUCUUUUGGUCAUUCAGAGCCAAAGAUCGAUGUAUUCGACUCGUAAUCUAUAUUUGUAAAGUUUUCUAUUGCCAAUUGUGUCCAUUUUGGGUUAGUCGUGAAGCUGUGGUGUUGAAUAGCAUCCGCUAAACGUUGUAUUGAACUAGCCUAAAUAAAUGUUUAUUUAUGAUAUGAUAUAUGGAUAUGAUUUGUUAUUA